GCCGCGCGCCGGCGUAGGCCUUGGUAACGCGCGGGCCGCGUGAUGCGCGGGUGGACGUGAGGGAGAAGGGAGACCCGUGGCGCCGAUGAAGAUCGAGGAGGUGAACCGAGCAACCUGCGACAGACGCAUCCGCGGCAAUCCGCAGCACAACAGCCUGUUAACUGGGCCCUCCGGGGGCUGCGACGAGACGGCGGCACUCCGCCAAACCGGCGGGCCGCCGCGCCUGGUGCGGACAGGAGAACGCGCGGGAGGCUUGUGGGGUUAUAGUAGAGCUCAUCAAAAGCAAGAAGAUGGCUGGCAGAGCUGUCCUGUUGGCAGGACCUCCUGGAACUGGCAAGACUGCCUUGGCUUUAGCUAUUGCUCAGGAACUUGGCAGUAAAGUUCCCUUUUGUCCUAUGGUUGGAAGUGAGGUCUAUUCUACUGAAAUCAAGAAAACAGAAGUUCUGAUGGAAAACUUCAGACGAGCAAUUGGAUUGAGGAUUAAAGAGACCAAGGAGGUGUACGAAGGAGAAGUCACAGAAUUAACUCCAUGUGAGACUGAAAACCCUAUGGGGGGCUACGGCAAAACAAUCAGCCAUGUAAUUAUAGGACUCAAAACUGCAAAGGGCACCAAACAGUUGAAGCUGGACCCCAGCAUAUUUGAAAGCUUGCAGAAAGAACGAGUGGAAACAGGCGAUGUUAUUUAUAUUGAAGCAAACAGUGGAGCCGUCAAGAGGCAAGGCAGAUGUGAUACCUAUGCUACAGAAUUUGACCUUGAAGCUGAAGAGUAUGUUCCUUUGCCAAAGGGUGACGUGCACAAGAAAAAGGAAAUUAUUCAGGAUGUUACCCUGCAUGACUUGGAUGUGGCCAAUGCUCGACCUCAGGGUGGGCAAGACAUCCUUUCUAUGAUGGGACAGCUGAUGAAGCCUAAGAAAACUGAAAUUACUGAUAAACUUCGAGGGGAAAUAAAUAAAGUGGUAAAUAAAUACAUUGAUCAAGGCAUUGCAGAGCUGGUCCCGGGCGUACUGUUUGUAGAUGAGGUUCACAUGCUGGAUAUUGAAUGUUUCACAUACCUGCACCGAGCACUGGAAUCUUCUAUUUCCCCCAUUGUAAUCUUUGCGUCCAAUCGAGGAAACUGUGUAAUCAGAGGCACAGAGGAUGUAGUGUCUCCUCAUGGAAUACCACUGGACCUGCUGGACAGAGUGAUGAUUAUCCGAACCAUGUUGUAUACGCCUCAAGAAAUGAAACAGAUCAUAAAACUUCGUGCCCAGACGGAAGGAAUUAAUAUUAGUGAAGAAGCUCUAAAUCAUUUAGGGGAAAUUGGAACCAAAACAACCUUAAGGUACGCCGUGCAGCUACUGACCCCAGCUAACCUGCUUGCCAAGAUUAAUGGGAAAGACAGCAUUGAGAAGGAGCAUAUUGAAGAAAUAAAUGAACUUUUCUAUGACGCCAAGUCCUCGGCAAAAAUCUUGGCUGAUCAACAGGAGAAGUACAUGAAAUAAGCUUAUUACAUUAGAUGCCUUGAAGCGGCGUUAACCCUUACCCAGGGCUGGCUUAAAUAAGAAAUGUUAAUGGUUUGUCUCUUUUGGGACUGGAAAAAUAUUUAAAUGUUGGACUGCUUUGUCAGGCCAGAAUUAAAUAGCAAGUGUUCUUAUUACAUUGUCAAUGAUAAGAUGCUCUAUGAUAUCUCUGUAACAUCUUAGUCUCCAUUUUAUGAGUACCUGUGAAAUGAAUAGCUCUUGAACCACCAGUGUUUUUUAGAUUUCAUUACGGGAGAGCUCUAACUGAAGCUGAUGCUUAAAAACAGUCUAUUUUCUUUAUGAAUCUCCUUUUAAAAUAGUUUCCUUUUACAGAUGACUUUUUGGUUUUGAAUCAAAGUUUGUCUGAAGUGGUUUAUAAUAAAGUAUUUCAAGAUCUAA